AUGAUUCCAGGAGAGGAUCGUGGAGGGGUGGAAACAGAGGAGGAGGAGGUGGAUGGAGAGGAGGAGGUGGUGGAGGAUGGAGAGGAGGAGGUGGUGGAGAGGGAGGAGGAUGGAGAGGAGGAGGAGGAGGAGGAGGAGGAGGAAGUAGGGGAGGGGGAGGAUGGAGAGGAGGAAACAGCAGAGGUGGUGGUAACUGGAGAGGAGGUGGAGGAGGAUGGAGGAGUAGACCGUGGAGAGGAGGAGGAGGAGGAGGAGGAGGAGGAGGAGGAGGCAGCGGGUCAGGAGGAGGAUGAGAUCGAGCGUCAGGGCAGUGUGCUGGUGGAUUACACAGAUCUGAUAGGAGACAAAGCUGUGUGUAAAGCACUGCCGGGCAUCAUAACUGACCUGAAGGAACAGCCGGAGGUGAUGCUCAACUGUUUGGGAGUAGCAAUUCAUCAGGUGUUGACCACAGAUUUGGAGAAACAAGCUGCUGAGCUGCAGGAGGACGAGCUUCCCGUCUCAACUCCAAUUAUCAACAUCCCUCACAUCAGCGCGAGGCUGUAUAACUACGAGCCGCUGACCCCGCUGCGGACGCUGAGGGCCAGCGUGUUCGGGCGGCUGGUUUGCGUGAAGGGGACGGUGGUCAGAGUGAGCAACAUCCGGCCCACCUGCACCAGGAUGGCCUUCAGGUGCCAGACCUGCACUCACACCAUGGCCCUGCCUCUGCAGCACGGGAAGUACGCCACGCCCACCAAGUGCGUCCAGCCUGGAUGUCGGAGCAAGUCCUUCAUUCCCAUCCGCAGCUCUCCUCUCACGCACACAGUCGACUGGCAGAUCAUCAAGGUUCAGGAGCUGAUGGGCGGGGAGCAGAGGGAGACGGGGCGGAUCCCCCGCACCGUGGAGUGCCACCUGACCUCUGACCUCUGUGACAGCUGUGUCCCCGGAGACACCGUUAUUGUGACCGGGAUAGUUCGAGUUCUUAACGAGGGCUAUUCCAAAGGAAAUAAAGAUCAGUGUUUGUUCCUCCUCUACAUCGAUGCCACUUCGGUCAGCAACGCUAAAGGCCGGCUGUCCAAGGUUGAAGGCGAGGGUUCGCAGGGGUCUCUUGAAGACCGUUCUGGAGGGGAAGAGUUCAGUCUGAAGGAGCUGUAUGCCAUCCAGGAGAUCCAGUCGCAGCCUGACUUGCUUAAACUCAUCCUGGUGAAAGCCGCCCUGGCUCUGGUUUUGUUUGGCGGAAGACAGAAGCACACAGACAAGAACAGCAUCCCGGUGAGGGGAGACCCUCACAUCCUGAUAGUUGGAGACCCCGGACUGGGAAAGAGUCAGAUGUUACAGGCCGUGUGUAACGUGGCUCCAAGGGGAAUCUAUGUAUGUGGCAAUAGUACCAGCACCACAGGGCUAACAGUGAGUUUGUCCCGAGAUGGGGGAACAGGGGAUUAUGCUCUGGAGGCAGGUGCCCUGGUGUUGGCAGACCAAGGUCUGUGUUGCAUCGAUGAGUUUGAUAAGUUGGGCAACCAGCAGCAGGCUCUGUUGGAAGCUAUGGAGCAGCAGUCUGUGAGUCUGGCUAAAGCCGGCAUCGUUUCCUCGCUGCCCGCCAGAACCUCCGUCGUAGCCGCUGCAAACCCCAUCGGGGGCCAUUACAACCGAGGGAAGACCGUCUCUGAAAACCUGAAAAUGGGCUCAGCUCUACUUUCACGCUUUGAUGUCGUCUUCCUCCUCCUGGACAUUCCCGAUGAGUCCCAUGACCGCCGCCUGUCCGAGCACGUCAUGGCAAACCGGUCAGGAAAGGCCAGAACGAGUAGCGCCGUGGUCACCAGGGCAACCUGUGACUUGGAGACCUCCAUCCUCCUCCAGCACGCCAGCAUGCCGCUGAAAUACAUCAGCUAUGCUCGUCAGUACGUCCAUCCCUCACUGUCUCCCGACGCCGCGCGAACUCUCCAGGACUUCUACCUGUCACUGCGAUCUCAGGCCCACUCCUCCGACGCCACGCCCAUCACCACGCGGCAACUGGAGUCUCUAAUCAGACUGACUGAGGCGAGAAGAGAACACCAGACUAACGAAAACGGGCAGGAAAGGGCAAAGUUAGAGCUCAGAGAGACGGCGACAAAGAGUGACGCCGAGGACGUGGUGGAGAUCAUGAAACACAGCCUGGCGGACACGUACUCGGACGGUCUGGGCAAUCUGGACUUUGAGCGCUCGCAGCUGGGCUCGGGCAUGAGUCAGCGCGGCGUGGCGAAGCGGCUGGUCAACGCGCUGCACGCACACGCUCAGAGGACCGGGCAGAAUCAGUUCGACCUCCAGAUGCUUCGAUCUAUUGCUGACAAACUCAACAUGAAGGUGAUGGAUUUUCAAGGUCUCCUGAGUUCCCUGAAUGAACAAGGUUUCCUGCUGAAGAAGGGCCCUAAACUGUACCAGCUGCAGACCGUCUGACUCCUCACCCAGAAUCCAAUCAGACUGCUCCGAGGUCAGUGUUCGGGAAGAACUCCCCUCUUAAUUACCUGUAAAACUCGAAAUAGAAGAGAUCUGCCAUAAGCAGGCUACACUCUGACCCCCUGAAGACACUGAAACAAUUACAGCUGACAGAGAGCAGACUGAUUGAACCUCAGGAAGAAGUUCCUCCCGGCGGAUUAACCACAACCUCCUGAAAUAAUACGGACUGAAAGUGAGAGAUGAAUGCCAUUAAGAAUUUCUUUGCUGCGUCAAGAAUAUUUUUGAUGGAUGUAUAAAGGCAUUUUCGUAUUUGAAAACAAACCAAGAAGCAGGUGCACAAGAAAAAUAAUCACUAGUAGUGGUUUGUAUUAUAUUUUUUCACUCAUUAACAAAGUAUCCUUACUUUUGAAGAAAGAAAAUCCUAUUUAUAUGAUGUAUAUAUCUAUGAAUGUGAC